AUGGGCAAGAAGGGUUCGAGCGCUCCCCAAAGACGUUCCGUAAAGCCUCCCGAGGGAUACAGCGAGGGGGCCCUCUGUAUCAAGUUUGGUUCAAGAGCCCCCGCAGAAUGGCUGGGGGCCUCCUUGGGGGCCCUGCUGCAGCGGCCACUGCUCUUGCAAGAGGCUCUAGCAACACGGGCACUGUUGAUGCUCGUCUUGGGAGAUGGCAGUCUCGAGAGACUUCUGCAUCAAAUCAAACAGCUGCUGCUGCUCGGAGCCACCCACGCAGUGCAGGAAUUUCGCCAGUCUCUCCAGGAGCGCCUGCAGCAGCACGCAGGAGAGGGCUGGCGUACAGCGGCUGCGCCUGCGGCAGCGAAAGCCAAAUCUGGUGGUGACGCCGCUAAUGCUGCUUCAGAGAGGGCCCUCUGCAAGGAUGUUGAGCGGCUGCUGCACGGGGCCCUUCUGUCCUUUACUGCCGGCAGCAGCGCAACGGGAGAGCCGGAGGAGGAGGAGCAGCAGCAGCAGCUCCUCUACUUUGCAUGCAGCCUGCGGCACGAAGCAGCACUUCCCACAGAAGUAUUACCCCUCUCAGGAAGUGCUGCAGAGACUGACGCAGCCGCAGCCGCAGCGCAGUUGAUGGGCCGCUUGCAGAUGCUCCCCAGCGCCUCCCCGCCGCUCCAGUCUUUCCUUCCUCCACUCGUGAGCGAGCGCUAUGCUGCAAUUCUGCGCUUCGCCCUUCAAAUGGACGCUGCUUUACAAGCGCUCUCGGAAUGCUGGAUGCUGCGGCGUCGGCAGCAGCAACUGCAGCGCUUCGCCGCGAAAGCCGCGCAGCUGCAGCAGCGCAUGCAGCACUUCCUGAGGGCCGUUUGGGAAUUUGUCUGGACCGAAGCCAUUGAAUCGGAAUGGACGGUCUUCUCGGAGCACGUCACGACAGCAGCCGCAGCAACAGAAAGCACACCGACAGCAGCGGCAGCCGCAGAGCAAGGCAACUACCGUCUGAGCUACUUUGCUCUGGUGGAGGCGCAUGCACGCUGUGCAGACAACAUCUAUACCAGGUGCCUCCUUGCACCCCGUCUCGCCCCUUUGCACAAAAAGCUCGUGGCAAUCAUGCAAUGCGCGUGGCGUCUCAAAGCCUUGCUGACGCAGUACUACCAGCACCAACAACUACUGGAGCAGCAGCAGCAGCAGCCGCAGCAGCACAUGCAUCAAGGGUCCAUUGUGCGUGCCUCUUUGUCGCGCUGCCUCUCCCUUGCCGCUGCCUCCUCCCCUCCGCCUCUCGGCGCAUCAUCAUCGUCAUCACCUUCAUCAUCGACAGAAGCAGAAGCAGCAGCAGCCAGAGAACUAGGGUGCCUGGCCUUUGACUUCGAGCGUAACAGCAGCGCCUUUAUUAGAGCCCUCUUCGUGUUGCAGCCACUGCAGAUCCUAUCGCCGUUGCUUCUCCGGCUCACGUUUAAUGGGGCCCUUCCUGAACAGAUUUGGGGUGUAUGUGUAUGGACCGGCCUCCCUGCGGGGCAAACGCUCCACCCACUCGCCUCACUGCUCAGCACUUCCCCCCCUCUUCUUGGCGAGCACUGCAAGUCUCUUCUGCCUUUUCCUGUGCUGGCAGCAGCAGUGGCUGCUCCAGUCUGCUGUGCGAGAGGCGAGAGAGGCCCCGAAUCCCCUUCCCGGGGAGCCGCUAAGCGAAGCAGGCUCGCCUGCAAGGCCAGGCAGAAGGCCGUAUAUCUGGCUGUGCUCGCAAGGGAACUAAAUAGUUGGUUCGCUAUAGAGAGGAACUAG